AUGGGUUUGUAUUUAACAAAACCUGAGACAGCUAAGCUAACUUAAUCAGGUGAGGUAUUUGAUUUUGCUUAUGCAUCAACCGCGUUACAAGGUUGGCAAAUCCAGUAGGAUGAGUUUGUGAUUAUUAAAGAGAAGUUUGACCAAGACAACUGUUUAUUCUGCAUAGUGGAAUAAUAUGGGGGAGUAGAAUAUGGUAAAUACAUCCAAGAUCACAUUGUGGAAGCACUCAUUAAUGACUAAGAAUAUAAAUAGAAGAAUUACGACAAAGCAAUUGUUGGUCUGUAUGAAAGAUUGGACAAUCAGUUGAAAAAUCAAUUUAAGGAGAGCACCAGCUACCAGGGUGUUACUCUACUGUUAACAUUGAUUACUAAUGAAAACAUUUAUGUAGCCAAUGCAGGAUUGUCUAGAUGUGUGAUCAGAUAUGAUGGCAAGCACAAAGUAAUGACAGUAGAACAUUAUCCAAUAAAUGAUCUCGAGAAACAAAGGAUUCUGGCUGCGGGAGGGGAAGUGUGGGAGAAUAGACUAAAUGCUCAUCUGCCGUAUAGUAGAGGCCUUGGAAAUUUCGAAUAUAAAUCCAAUUCCAAUUUAGAUCAGGGCAAAUAACUUCUUAUUUCUGUGCCAAGCAUCAAGUAUGUUGAUAAGGAGGACACUGAGUUAAUUUUGAUGGGGAGUCAUGGGUUUUGGGAAACUUGGACCAAUAAUGCCAUCACAGAGGUCAUUUUGGAACGAAUUCAAUAGGGGAAAGCGUUGUCUGAUAUUUUGGAAACAAUUUGUGAUUCAAUUGUGGCGUAGAAUGUUGAAUCAGAAUAUGGAAAAGAUAACAUCUCAAGCAUUUUAAUUUAUUUCUAAAGAGGAUAAAAAAAACAAGUUAUUUGA